AUGGACAGAAUGUUCGUGUUUGCAAAGCCCAGCCUAAUGGUAGCCGACCCCGAGCUCAUCAAACAAAUUCUGGUCAAAGAUUUCCAUUCAUUUCGUAACCGCCCGAUAACUAAAGAUAAUCACAAAAUCACCUCAAAAUUGAUGAAUUACGCCAGGAAUGACGACUGGAAGCGGGUCCGGGCCAUAGUCACCCCUACCUUCUCGUCCGCAAAGAUGAGGCAAUUGUAUGCUCCGAUCAACCGGUGCUGUAAUGAUUUCCUCAAAAGUCUGGAUAAGGAUGUGUCGAAUGGUGUGAAUGAAGUCGAGUUGAAGCGACUGAUGGGCGCCUACACUAUGGAUGUGAUGGCCAGCUGUGCCUUCGCUACCAAAACUAAUACAUACGCCGAUCCUAACAACCCGUUCAUUACCAAAGCCAACAAUGUGUUCUCUAGUUUUAUUUGGAAAACCGUAUUGCAAGUGACCCUGCCCACAUUUAUUGUCAAUACUAGUAUAUUCCGGCGUAUUGUAAUGACUAACUACUCUGAUGUUGACUUUUUCAUUGAUUUCGCGCGAAGUAUAAUAAAGAAAAGGAGAGAUAAUAAAGAAAAGCACAACGAUUUUCUGCAGCUAUUAAUGGAUGUCGAGAGACCUGAAGGAGACAUACGAGAGGCCAGUGAUGCCAAUGAAGCACAUCAUGUGAAUGAGGGUAAGGAUGAGAUGAAAGCCUACGCCGAGGCCUUCACUGGAGUGUUGGAGAAGAAGUUGACUGAAGACGAGAUAUUAGCGCAAUGUUUCCAAUUCUUCGGUCCCGGAUACGAGUCAGUGGCUAUCACUCUGUCGUACUGUACGUAUGAGUUGGCACUCAAUCCGGGACUUCAGGACAGACUCUAUGAGGAGACAAAAGAGGCGUUCAAUGAAAAGGGAGAAAUGGAUUACGAAGUGCUGUCGAGACUGCCAUUCAUUCACUCACUUCUGUCGGAAACUCUUCGCAAUUAUCCGCCAACACUUCGACUUCAGAGGGAAGCCAUGGGAGACGUUAUGUUAGGCGACACUGGAGUGAAGAUCGAGAAGGGAGUAUCCGUCGAAAUCCCGGUGUAUGCCAUACAUCACGACCCCGAUUACUAUCCAGAUCCAUUUACAUUCAACCCUGAUAGAUUUAUGCCGGAAAACAGGGAUCACAUCCAACCCUAUACUUACCUCCCAUUCGGUUCGGGUCCACGAAAUUGCAUUGGAAUGCGAUUCGCGUUAUUGGAGGCAAAGCUCGUGUUGGCGAACAUCUCACAGAAGUUCCUCUUCUCCAGAGUGACCGACACUGACGUCCCCGUCAUCUUCACUAAUGGCCGCGCCUUAUGUCAAGCCAAACGUCUUGUGGUCGGCAUUCAGAAGCGAUAA